CAUCUACUUAACCACACACUCUUUUAAUGUUCUCCUCCUUUUCUUCUUUAAAUAGCAUCACUUUUUCUUAUCCUACUUGCAUAGCUUGUGCUUCUUGUUUUUGCCCAGCUGAACUAGUCCUCUUCAUUAGUUAGCAUUUUAAAGGAGCAAAGUGGUAGCUCAAAUUCUCAUUCUCAGUUGAUUCUCUCUGUUAGUCAUGACUAUUACACAGGACUUAUAUGAUGAGCAGGAUUCAGUGUUUUGUUCAAAGAGAGUUUGUGUAAUGGAUGCUGCUGGUCACGUUGGAUCCGCACUUGUCCAUCGUCUCUUGCUCAGAGGUUACACUGUACACGCCGCUUUUCAAAACCAUGAUGAAAUGCAACGUUUUAAGAGAAAAUAUGGUUGUGGCAAUGUGGAUGAUAGCAAAAACAAGAAGUUGAUAUGUUUCCAUGCUGAUCCCUUGGAUUAUCACAGCAUAGUUGAUGCUCUAAAAGACUGCUGUGGUUUGUUUUACUCAUUCGAGACCCCUUCUGACUAUCCUACCUAUGACGAAUUAAUGGGAGAAAUGGAGGUGAGAGCAGCUCACAAUGUGAUGGAAGCGUGUGCACAAACAGACAACUUAAACAAGGUAGUUUUUACAUCCUCUGCAACAGCUGUGUUAUGGGGCUCAAGGAAGAGAGACCAACAUGACUCUUCUAUGGCUUCCCACUCUCAUUCUUACGUCGAUGAAAGAGACUGGACCGACCUCAACUUAUGCAAAAAAUAUAAGUUGUGGCACGGGCUAUCAAAGACGCAAGCGGAGAAAGCAGCAUGGGCAUUGGCAAUGGACAGAGAAGUGAGCAUGGUGUCUAUAAAUGGAGGAUUAUUAAUUCAUCCAGACCUCAAUAUAAGAGAACCUUACUUGAAGGGAGCAGCUGAAAUGUAUGAAGAUGGUGUGUUUAUUGCAGUGGACCUCAAGUUCUUGGUAGAUGCCCAUAUGUGUGUGUUUGAGGAUGUUUCUUCUUACGGACGAUACUUAUGCUUCAAUAGAGUCAUAAACUCCAGUAAAGAUGCUACCACACUAUCCAAUAUGCUUUUGCCUCCUUCAGCUUCAUCAGAAACACAAAGUUUGGAGGACGAUAUUGUAUACGAGCAAAGGAUUAGUAACAAGAAAUUAAACAAGCUGAUGUUGGGAUUUGAAUCAUUUGAUACUGAAUUGGAAGUCCAAGUGAAUUGAUUGAUGCCACAAACUAUUCAUAUUUGUUAUAAACUAUUCUUUAGUUUUUUUGGCUGAAAAAAUUUAUUAUACAUUCCACUUACAAGAAAGUUGCAUAUAAAGAAAGCAUAACAGAAAUGUUAAAUGACCAACAGAAGCAUUUUGCAUAGAGCCAAGCCUUGAUAUAUGUAACAAUAAUAGCUAGUAGUACCUUUUCACUUGCAAAUUAUUACUAUAGAAUGAAAUCAAUGAGAAUGGAUGUUUUGUCCUAAA